UACCCAGAAUGCAACAGUAGGCAACGUUCGCUGCGAUUGGAUGUUGGUCAGAUCGCGUGAGAGGCACGUAAAGGAAAUCUCACUAUUAAGAAAACAUUCCUUGAGAAUUAUGUCUGGACGAAGAGUGGUGGUUUUCCCCUCAGUGGCCGAGCUUGGAUCCACUCUGGCCCAGCUGGUGUCCUCUCGAGCAGAGAAAGCUCUCAGCACAGGUGCAAGCUUCUCUCUGGGCCUUUCAGGAGGGAGUUUGGUGUCCAUCCUGAGUAAGGAGCUGCCAGCUGUCCCAAACCUGGACUGCAGCAGAUGGCUCAUUGGGUUCUGUGAUGAGAGACUCGUUCCAUUCACUGAUCCUGAGAGCACUUAUGGCUUAUAUAAGAAUCAGUUGUUUGGGAAAAUCAUCAUUCCAGAAGAAAGGAUUUUGGCUAUAGAUCCUUCUUUACCUGUGCAAGAAUGUGCUGAUGACUAUGCUGGUAAACUGAGCAAGGCUUUUAACACGGAGCAAAUACCGGUUUUUGACAUGCUGUUGCUGGGAAUAGGACCAGAUGGACAUACCUGCUCUCUCUUUCCAGAUCAUCCUUUAUUACAGGAAAGCCAGAGGACAGUGGCGCCCAUCUCUGAUUCCCCCAAACCACCGCCUCAGCGUGUCACUAUGACAUUACCCACCGUUAACGCUGCUCGAUGUGUAGUGUUUGUGUCAACUGGGGGCAGCAAAGCUCCUGUACUUAAGCAAGUAUUGGAGGGUGGAGAAGGCCCUGCACUUCCAGCAGCUCUGGUCGCACCUAGACAGGGAGAGCUCUUCUGGCUAGUGGAUGAGCCAGCAGCUGCCUCCCUCACAUCUCAGGUGGAGAGGCCAGGUCCCGGAGCAAAGCUCUGAAUUUAGGAGACAGAACUUGUAAAAACACUGUCUAGUAUUCUUAUGAAGUCCUUAAAAAGCACUAUGUUUGCAAAGAUUUUUUUAAAUUAUCAUUAUAUUAUAAUUACUGCAAUUAUCAUUACUACUGUAAAACUAUUAUGGGAUC